CACGCGCUCCUUUCAUUACGAACGCGCCUCGCCGAAUGGAGCAGAGACGAGCUCCGCCUCUCAAAAUAGGAUAGUGAAGGUGGAGAGGCACAACCUGAGAAGCCCCCCUCCCCUCCACCUCCACGGAGGAUGACAAAUUAGUCCUUAUUCAGCGAGGAGCACGAGCAUCACUCUGAGGAUCAGAUGCUGUCCACAGCUCAGCAGAUGCUGCAGGAUAGCCGCUCCAAGAUCGAGCUGAUCCGACUGCAGAUCAUCAAAGUCACCCAGGCUGGCGGCGGCGGCGGCGGCGGUAUUGGAGGCGAUGGUGGUGGCAACAAUAACAGCUCCACGCAUAGAGGGAUGUCUCCAGUCGCCGUCGGUCCCGCGGAUGCUUGUUUGGCAGAGCUGCAGCACUACAUGCAGAGAGAGACAGACGCUUUGGUGCUGGCCAAAGAUGUGGUCAAGCAGCUGGAAGGGAUCUCCUCGCUGGACCAGAAGGCACUGGCCGAGGCUCAGUCCCGGGUGCAGGAGUCCUCGCAGAAGCUGGAUCUUCUGCGGCUGUCCCUUGAGAAAAGCCUGAAGGAGAAGAACCCGGAGCCUCUACAGCAGCCUGCAGGGGGGGUCGACCCUUCAGAGGGACGCCCGUCUCCCCAAAACUCUAGGCCUGGAUGGCCCCUGUCCACCUCCCCAUCUGUCUUCUCUAUCAGACCUGCCUCCUUGACUGGCAAACUUGAAGUCAGGCUUCUUGGAUGUGAGGAUUUACUGAAACCUCUGUCAAACCCAGAGCAGGAAAACUAUCUGAGUCUCACUGAGGACAGUUCGCCAGCCGCUCACAGGACGGAUGGACCUUCUGCAGAGGUCGGUGCGGUGCUCAGGCUGGACGGCAGGUUGGUCGGCCGGACUCGGUGGGCAGCCGUCGGCAGGCUGAGCUGGGAUCAGACGUUCUGCGUCCAGCUGGAGCGGUCCCGGGAGCUGGAGGUCGGCGUCUUCUGGCGGGACCCGAGGGCGAUGUGCGCGGUCAGGUUCCUGCGGCUGGAGGAGAUCCUGGACCACCCGGACCACGACCGGGGGCUGAGCCUGGAGCCGCGGGGCCUCCUCUACGCCGAGCUCCGAUUCGUCGAAGCGGUUGUGGAUCGGCAGCCGAGACUGAGGCGUCAGCGGUGUAUUUUCACUAAGGAAAGAGGGAAGAACUUCCUCAGAGCCGCCCAGAUGAACAUGAAUUUUGCCACGUGGGGUCACCUGAUGAUGAGCGUCCUCCCCCGCUACAGCUCCUUCACCACAUUUAGCUUGUCCCUCUCUACGACCCCCGACCUGAUGGCCAACAGCACCCCGCGUCCCACUGAGAAGGAGCCUCAGAGCACCAGUCCGCUGCCAGGUGAGGCUCCGGUGAUCAGACUCAGCAUCACCGGGGACCAGCCCUCUCCCACCGGCACCAGUCAGGAGGACAACGCUCCCACCAUCGUCACUGCAGAACGCACAACGUCGUCUGUGCCUGCGCGGCAAGAAGAACUGUCGUCCAUAAACAACACUGAGGGAAGUGAAGAUCAGCCCGUGUCUGCUCUAAAGAUGCACAUGGAAGAUUUCAAAUAUAUUUCAGUUCUGGGCAGAGGACACUUUGGGAAGGUCCUGCUGGCAGAGUUCAAGAAGACAGGAAAACUGUACGCCGUCAAAGCCCUGAAGAAAAGGGACAUUGUGACUCGUGAUGAAGUGGACAGCCUGAUGAGUGAGAAGAGGAUCUUCGAGAUGAUCAACGCGUCCAGACACCCGUUCCUGGUCAACCUGCACGGCUGCUUCCAGACCAGCGACCACGUCUGCUUUGUCAUGGAGUAUUUACCAGGCGGCGACCUCAUGAUCCACAUCCACAACAGCGUCUUCACCGAGGCCCAGACCAGGUUUUAUUCGGCAUGUGUCCUGCUGGGUCUAGAGUUCCUGCAUCUGAAUAGAAUCAUCUAUCGAGAUCUGAAGCUGGACAACCUGCUGAUGGAUGCAGAUGGAUUCGUGAAAAUCACAGACUUUGGACUUUGUAAAGAAGGGAUGGGUCACGGAGACCGGACCUCGACUUUCUGUGGGACUCCCGAGUUUCUGGCUCCUGAGGUCUUGACAGACGACAACUACACCCGGGCAGUGGACUGGUGGGGGAUGGGCGUCCUCAUCUACGAGAUGCUCGUGGGAGAGUCUCCGUUCCCUGGCGAGGAUGAGGAGGAGGUGUUCGACAGCAUCGUCAACGAUGACGUGCAGUAUCCGGCUUCUCUUCCCCCGCACGCCGUCUCCAUCAUCCAGAAGCUGCUGAAGAGGAACCCUCUGAAAAGGCUCGGAGCUGGCGAGAGGGACGCAAACGAGGUCAAAGGAGAGAAAUUCUUCGAGACCAUCGACUGGGAGGCCCUGCUGGCCAAGAAGGUAAAGCCGCCGUUCCUGCCGUCAAUCAGAGAGUCCAUGGACGUCAGCAACUUUGACAGCGAGUUCACUCGACUCCAGCCGGUCCUUUCCCCUCCCUGCAAACCCUUCAGCCUCUCCGCCGAGCAGCAGGAGGCCUUCGCGGACUUCGACUUCUGCGCCUUGCACGGAUGAAAGGCGAGCUGAAGAGACGAAGGAGGGAAAUUACCACCGGACAAAAACGUCUGUUUUGUGUCUGGGAACUUUGUCCACUUCUUCAUCCGCCGUGGCAGGUAACCAACCAUAAUCAUAGAUGUAUAAUCAAUCGCCCUAUUGGCGUUUAAAGCUAAAUGACUAACUCCUUUAUUUAUGUAUAAUUUUUUGGAUACAGACAUUAAAGGGACAACAGGUAAUCAGUGAGUGAACAGCUGGAUUUGCAAGAACAUUGAUAGGAGUUUGUACAACUUUAGUCUUGGGUCUAGAGCUAGUUGAUUAAUUAAUCAGUUAAUUGGCAUAAAAUCAAUCAGCAAAAAUAAGUCCUUUAUCAAGUAUAAAUACUAAAUAUUGGCUGAUUACAGCCACAAACCUGAGCGUUUCCUUCCAUUUUACCGUUUUGUAUCAUUUACGUGAAUACUUUCUACAGCUGUUAGUCAGCCAAUAAGCUCUUUCUUAAGGCCUCACUCUGGACUCUGGCAACUUGUAAUGGUCAUCAGCUGUCAUAGUAGACAAAAACGUAUUCAUCCAAAAAAAAAAAAAACAAAAAAACAGAUUAAAGAAAUAGUUUGACUCAUGGUCUCACCUCCACUGUCGAGCCAUGAACGUCUCUGGUUUAUGGG